AGCGGGCGGCCGAGGGCGCGGAGCGGCGAGCCCGGCAUCCCGCGCAGCCCGCCCGGCGUGCCCGCGGCCAUGGAGCAGGACAAGUACCUGCCCGAGCUGAUGGCCGAGAAGGACAGCCUGGAUCCCUGCUUUGUUCACGCGAUGCGCCUCCUGGAAGACGAAAUGGAAAGAUUUCAGGGUUCAGAAGGCAAGAAGGAAGAUGAAGAAAAGAAAUAUCUUGAUGUUAUCAGCAACAAAAACAUAAAGCUGUCAGAGAGAGUUCUGAUCCCUGUCAAACAAUAUCCAAAGUUCAAUUUUGUUGGGAAAUUGCUUGGACCAAGAGGAAACUCUUUAAAGAGGUUACAAGAAGAAACAGGUGCAAAAAUGUCCAUCCUGGGAAAAGGAUCCAUGAGGGAUAAAGCUAAGGAGGAAGAACUAAGGAAAAGUGGAGAAGCCAAAUACGCACACUUGAGUGAUGAGCUCCAUGUAUUAAUUGAAGUGUUUGCUCCACCUGGGGAGGCGUAUUCUCGUAUGAGUCAUGCCUUGGAAGAAAUAAAAAAAUUCCUGGUUCCUGAUUAUAAUGAUGAAAUUCGCCAGGAGCAGCUGAGAGAACUUUCGUAUCUGAAUGGUUCUGAGGAUUCAUCACGUGGACGGGGCAUUCGAGGAAGAGGGAUCCGUGUGCCACCUGCAGCUCCUUCAAGGGGACGUGGCGGUGCCAUUCCUCCGCCGCUGCCCGGACGAGGAGCCCAGGCGCCGCGCGGCGCGCCGGUGACCCGCGGGGCGCUCCCCGCGCCGCCGGUGGCCAGGGGCGUCCCCACGCCCCGAGCCCGCGGCGCCCCGUCCGUGCCCGGCUACCGGCCGCCCCCGCCGCCCGCGCACGAGGCCUACGACGACUACGGAUACGAUGAUGGAUAUGGGGGUGAAUAUGAUGAUCCAAGCUAUGAGGCAUAUGAUAACAGUUAUGCCACCCAAACGCAAAGGCUGAAACUAGGGGGAUGGGGUCACCUGUGGAAGAGGUCAUGACAGAGUCUCAGAAUCAGGCUGGAAUGAAACCCACAGUAAGUCUGCCUGCCUGAACAAGCUAAGAGGCGUCUCAAGCACACUUUGAAAUGGAGCAAAGAAGCAACCUGAAGACAGAGAAAAGCAGGACUCUCACAAUGUAAGUGCCACCUGUAACUUAUUAAGAUGGGGAGGCUUAUUUUAGAAAUAAGAGGAUUAUGGGUUAUGACAGUCUAUAUUGCAUGGAGGUAUGUCUUGCUUUAAAUAGCAGAAGAUGUAUUUGUAAAGCCAUUUUCUCUCCUUAUGUUCCUGUCCCAUAAUGACAACUCAGAACCAAGAUCAAACCUCAGGACAGAUUUAAAUUAACUGUCUGUCCUUCCCAGCUGAGUCUGUAAGCAUUAUUUGCAGGAUUCUGUGAAAGGCUACGCAUUUUCUGAGGACAUUUAGAAACCCUACUCAUUUUAGAAAUUUUUUUCUUACAGAUGUCAAAAUAUAGUUUUUAAGGUAAAUACAAUGAAUGCAAGAAGAACAAGGAAACAACCAUAUCAGUGGUCAGGAAAAGACAUUGUAUCUGACAUAUUUCCCAUGGGCAAUAAUGCACUGUAAUUUGAAUUUUUCAAUGACCUUGUUUUCCUCUCCCUUCCCCUCCCUUCCAUAUAAUGUGAAGGUGGAUCUCAUUGAUAAGAAUAUCUGCCUGUGCAGACACACCAAGAGAUAUUCAGUAGUUGUUAAGUUCAUACACUAUUCUCUGUGUACUUGAAAAGAAGGCAGAGGACACUCAAAACCUUUCUGCCAUCUAGAUUUAUCUCCCAAAGCUCUAGUCUGGCAAAUUUAUUUAAAAAAAUAUAGACAUAAUAUACAAAAUGAUAGAAGUGUUAAUUUCCAACUCAGCUGUUACACAGAAAAUGUAGGAGAAUCCUAUUAGCUUUCAAAAUGUAAUGCAGUUUUUGAUUUUCUAAUGCAGGAGCUUUUAAAUGUGUUGAUCUAUCACCACAGGACUCAUGGGCUGAGAUCGCUAGAUCACCAGAAGAAAGGAUGCAAAGUUUUGUGAGGAGAUGUAGAAGAUCAGCCUCUUUGGUUACUCAGAGGUUGUUUGGAAUCAGACUGUCCCACAUGCAAAGUGUGGUCAGACUUCUCAGCCAAGACCAACAGAAUAAUCUGGUGAAAAUGGAUCAUUUGGUGAUGAAUCACGAUGGCCAACAGAGCCACCUUCAGCUCUGCUACCACAUCUGCAGUCAUCUCCACUGGCCUUUGUGUCUCUGCCAGCACCAGCAGUUUCAUUUCAAAGAUAGUAUGUCUCACAACCAAAAAAGAUACCAAGGAAGCCAGGGACUGACUGUCCGGUCAUGGGAUGAACGGGAAGGGUAUAUUCUCUUUAAUUCACUUGUGCCCAACUUAUCCAGCAUACCUAGUGUAAACACUGGUGCCUAACAGAGGAGUAAAGGAAGACAAGGAUUAUCUGAUGAAGCUUAAAAUUUGAGUUUGAUAUUAUUUCCCUGUUCCAUGAUGCCUGGCAUGAGCAGUCAUCCAUGAAUCCAUUCUGGUUUUUGUGAACAGGUAGAUGGUAUAUUGGUAAUGGCUUUCAGGUCUGCUUGCCUGGCUUUUUAUUCUGCCUUUUUUCUGUAUAGCUUUUGUUAAAAACAUAGUUCAGCAAGAAAAUUAGUUGCCGGUGUGUGCUGUUUAAAGAAAGAAGAGCUCAUGACUCCCACCUUAGGCUGUAAAUAGACUUGUAAAUAUCAGGAAACCCAUAACUUACUGACAAGAAGAAUAAAUAAUUCAGUGAUAAAAGACAGAUGAAAAUAGUGUACAAUGUUGCUGUUACAGAUUCCAUCCCACAGCAGUACAAGCCUUGUGAUGGCAUGUUGUCAUCCUUGCUGUGACUGCAAGAAGACAUAGGUAAAAAGCAUUUCUCACACCUGUCUGCACCCAGCCUCACUAAUAAUAAUAACAACAGUAACCCAAUGUAAGACCUUGAAGCAAUUCUUGGCAAAAUACUUACUGUUAAUCUUGCAAAUAAAUUAUUUAAUGCUUUAGGCAGCAGUCCUCUGGGCAGACAUUUCAUGCUGGUAUGCCAUCAUUUUGGCCAAAGAACUUCUUUUGGUCUGUCAGACUCACACAUCAAACCCAUCCUGCAUCUGCUGAGGAAAUAAACAAACUUCUGUUUCUGAUUGGAAUUGCAUAUUAUAGGCCAUGUCAUCUCUGAAUUUCCCCUCUAAGAGGUUAAUGAUAGUACAGAAUCUAAGUUUUAGCAUAAAGAAAGAUGGCACUAAUAUAUUUGGAAUAAAUUCUAAGUAGUUCUUGCAAGAUUUGAAGACUGACAACAUUGUGUUAGAUAACUGCUAAAAUGGAAUUAUCUUAGAGGACUGAAGAAGAAAAAAAGGUGCAGUAACAGAAAUUCAAGUUGACUGAUACCCUUCACCACAUGGAAUUGUGUUUAAUUCAAAAGGUACAAUAAUACCUAAAGUUGUGCUGUUAUGUGCAAAGUCCAGUUGGGCAUCUGUUUCUUAAUACUAGGAACAGAAGUAAAAGGACAAAAAUGCUGCCUGUGUCCACUAUGCUGCUAUGGAAAAUAGAUACUAUGACGUAUCAAUGUAGUUUUACCUAUAGCAAAAUCUAUCUGUUCAUCCUCUAAUAGGUGCUACAUUCUUCUAAUUACGCAUACCCACAGAAAAUUUCACUAGCAUAUUCAGCCACUGAAGUUGAAUAUAUGACAAGUUAUUGACUUUGAAAAUAAACUGUUUUCCCUGG